CUGCGCAUGUGCGUUGCCAGGGGACGCACAGGUAGCCUGAGAGACUUGGAAACGGAGCCGGUUGCUGAGGCCGGGAGGAGGGGCCCGAGGCGUGAGGGCAGCCGCGAUGAGGGCCGUGUUGACGUGGAGAGAUAAAGCGGAGCAGUGUAUAUAUGACCUUGCAUUUAAGCCCGAUGGAACCCAACUGAUUUUGGCUGCAGGAAACAGAUUACUGGUUUAUGACACCUCUGAUGGCACCUUACUUCAGCCCCUGAAGGGGCACAAGGAUACCGUGUACUGUGUGGCGUACGCAAAGGAUGGUAAGCGCUUUGCUUCUGGCUCAGCUGACAAAAGUGUUAUCAUCUGGACUUCAAAAUUGGAAGGCAUUCUGAAGUACACGCACAGCGACUCUAUCCAAUGCGUCUCCUACAACCCGGUUACUCACCAACUGGCAUCUUGUUCCUCCAGUGACUUUGGCUUGUGGUCUCCCGAACAGAAGUCUGUCUCCAAGAACAAGUCCAGCAGCAAGAUCACCUGCUGCAGCUGGACAAAUGAUGGUCAGUACCUGGCUCUGGGCAUGUUCAAUGGGAUCAUCAGCAUACGGAACAAAAGCGGCGAGGAGAAAGUGAAGAUUGAACGGCCGGGGGGCUCCCUCUCCCCGAUAUGGUCCAUCUGCUGGAACCCUUCAAGCCGAUGGGAGAGUUUCUGGAUGAGCAGAGAGAACGAGGAUGCCGAGGAAGUCAUUGCCAACAGAUAUUUUCAGGAAAUCCCGUCUUCCACCCUGAAGGCAGCCACGUGCGGUAGUCAGGGUAGUGAGGAGGAGCAGGAGCCAGAGGACGAGGACGAUGGCCUCGGGAACGCCACCGGCGCAGAGGAACAUAAUGACAUCCUGGCUGUAGCUGAUUGGGGACAGAAACUUUCCUUCUACCAACUGAGUGGAAAACAGAUUGGGAAGGAUCGGUCUCUGAACUUUGACCCCUGCUGCCUCAGCUAUUUCACUAAAGGGGAGUACAUUUUGCUGGGGGGCUCAGACAAGCAAGUAUCACUUUUCACCAAGGAUGGAGUGCGGCUCGGGAGUGUUGGGGAACAGAACUCCUGGGUGUGGACCUGUAAAGUGAAGCCCGAGUCCAACUAUGUGGUAGUCGGCUGCCAGGAUGGCACCAUUUCCUUCUACCAGCUUAUUUUCAGCACUGUCCAUGGGCUCUACAAGGACCGGUAUGCCUACAGGGACAGCAUGACCGAUGUCAUCGUGCAGCACCUGAUCACCGAGCAGAAAGUUCGGAUUAAAUGCAAAGAGCUUGUCAAGAAAAUUGCCAUCUACAAAAAUCGAUUAGCUAUCCAACUGCCAGAGAAAAUUCUCAUCUAUGAAUUGUAUUCCGAUGACUCGUCAGAUAUGCAUUACCGGGUGAAGGAGAAGAUCAUCAAGAAGUUUGAAUGUAACCUCCUGGUGGUGUGUGCCAAUCACAUCAUCCUCUGCCAGGAGAAGCGGCUGCAGUGCCUGUCCUUCAGCGGGGUGAAGGAGCGGGAAUGGCAGAUGGAGUCUCUCAUUCGCUACAUCAAGGUGAUUGGUGGCCCUCCAGGAAGGGAAGGCCUGUUGGUGGGCCUGAAGAAUGGGCAGAUCCUGAAGAUCUUUGUGGACAAUCUCUUUGCCAUCGUCCUGCUGAAGCAGGCCACAGCCGUGCGCUGCUUGGACAUGAGUGCCUCCCGCAACAAGCUGGCUGUGGUGGAUGAGAACGACACGUGCUUGGUGUAUGACAUCCACACCAAGGAGCUGCUUUUUCAGGAACCCAAUGCCAACAGCGUGGCCUGGAACACCCAGUGUGAGGACAUGCUCUGCUUCUCGGGAGGAGGCUACCUCAACAUCAAAGCCAGCACCUUCCCUGUGCACCAGCAGAAGCUGCAGGGCUUUGUGGUGGGCUACAACGGCUCCAAGAUCUUCUGCUUGCACGUCUUCUCCAUGUCAGCUGUGGAGGUGCCACAGUCUGCCCCGAUGUACCAGUACCUGGAUAGGAAAAUGUUCAAAGAAGCCUACCAGAUUGCUUGCUUGGGCGUGACAGAUACUGAUUGGCGUGAGCUGGCCAUGGAAGCUUUAGAAGGAUUAGAGUUUGAAACUGCAAAGAAGGCCUUCACCAGAGUGCAAGACCUCAGAUACUUAGAGCUCAUCAACAGCAUCGAGGAGAGGAAGAAGCGGGGAGAGACCAACAAUGACCUGUUUCUGGCAGAUGUGUUUUCCUACCAGGGGAAGUUCCACGAGGCCGCCAGACUGUACAAGAGAAGCGGGCACGAGAACCUGGCGCUGGACAUGUACACUGACCUCCGAAUGUUUGAGUAUGCCAAGGAUUUCCUUGGAUCUGGAGACCCCAAAGAAACAAAGAUGCUAAUCACCAAACAGGCUGACUGGGCUAGAAAUAUCAACGAGCCCAGAGCCGCAGUGGAGAUGUACAUCUCAGCGGGCGAGCACAUCAAGGCCAUCGAGAUCAGCGGUGACCACGGCUGGGUGGACAUGCUAAUUGACAUCGCCCGGAAGCUGGACAGGGCCGAGCGGGAGCCCCUCCUGAUGUGUGCUCACUACUUCAAGAAGCUGGACAACUCUGGGUAUGCUGCUGAGACCUACCUGAAGAUUGGCGACCUGAAGUCCUUGGUUCAGCUGCACGUGGAGACACAGCGCUGGGAUGAGGCCUUUGCUUUGGGUGAGAAGCACCCCGAGUUUAAGGAUGACAUCUAUGUACCCUACGCUCAGUGGUUAGCAGAGAACGAUCGUUUUGAGGAAGCCCAGAAAGCGUUCCACAAGGCCGGGCGGCAGCGGGAGGCGGUCAGGGUGCUGGAGCAGCUCACGCACAACGCUGUGGUGGAGAGCAGGUUCAACGACGCCGCCUACUAUUACUGGAUGCUGUCCAUGCAGUGCCUCGAUAUAGCUCAAGAUCCUGCCCAGAAGGAUGCCAUGCUCAGCAAAUUCCACCACUUCCAGCACUUGGCCGAGCUGUACCACGGCUACCAUGCCAUUCAGCGGUACACGGAGGAGCCAUUCAGUUUCCAUCUUCCCGAAACUCUUUUCAACAUCUCCAGGUUCCUGCUGCACAGCCUGACCAAGGACACCCCCUUGGGCAUCUCCAAAGUGAACACACUCUUCACUCUGGCCAAGCAGAGCAAGGCCCUGGGUGCCUACAAGCUGGCCCGGCAUGCCUAUGACAAGCUACAGGGCCUGCAGAUCCCUGCCAGGUUCCAGAAGUCCAUUGAGCUGGGCAGCCUGACCAUCCGCUCCAAGCCCUUCCACGACAGUGAGGAGCUGGUGCCCUUGUGCUACCGCUGCUCCACCAACAACCCCCUGCUGAACAACCUGGGCAACCUGUGCAUCAACUGCCGCCAGCCCUUCGUCUUCUCCGCCUCCUCCUACGAGGUGCUGCAUCUGGUGGAGUUCUACCUGGAGGAGGGGAUCACCGACGAAGAGGCCGUGUCCCUCAUUGACCUGGAGGCACCAAGGCACAAGCGGGAGAACAAAUGGCAAGAGAUCACGAACAGCAGUUCCCAGACUCUGAGACUAGACGAGACUGCGGAUGCCAUGGGAGACGAUGACCCGUUCACGGCAAAGCUGAGUUUUGAGCAAGGUGGCUCGGAGUUCGUGCCCGUGGUGGUGAGCCGGUCGGUGCUGCGCUCCAUGAGCCGCCGGGACGUCCUCAUCAAGCGCUGGCCGCCGCCCCUGCAGUGGCAGUACUUCCGCUCGCUCCUGCCCGAUGCCUCCAUCACCAUGUGCCCCUCCUGCUUCCAGAUGUUCCACUCGGAGGACUACGAGCUGCUGGUGCUGCAGCACACCUGCUGCCCCUACUGCCGGAGGCGCAUCGAUGAGGCCAGCCCCUGACCCGCGUCGGGCCACCCCUCCCUCUGGGCCCCUGGUCUUGCCGGUGACCAGGCUGCCGAAGGAAGAAAGAGUUAAGCUGUCAGAACGCCUUCUGCCCAGAUGAAGUUUGUAUUUUAGGGAGGGGCCUUGUGUAACCACAGAAUUCCUAUUUAUGGCAUUUCGUGCCUUGUAAAUAGCACCAGGAGAUGGAGAAGGGAAUGUACAUAUAUUUUCUAAGAAAAAAAAUCUGUUACUUUCAGAACAGCUCCGAGUGUUCGUAGCAGCCUGCUGGAGUCCACAGAUCUGUCAGACCAUUAGCAUGUACACUCUGCGAACAGAUUGCCUCAAUAAUUACAAAUAAAAGGGCUACUUAUUUUCAUCAGUGUCUGCAUUUUAGCAAAUCUUCAUAUUGUCUGCAACUUAAUUUCCUUAUGCAAAAAUACACCUGUUUCUAAUUUGAUCUGAAGAGCAUUACAUUUGUGUGCUCUUAACAUUUAAUCUAAUGAAAUGGCAAUAUGGGAGCGGGCAGGGGGACAGGUGUUUACUUAUUUAUUUAUUUGGACUUAGCAGGACUCCUUCUUGACAAGAAAAUAAGAGACCUGAUUCCAAAGAUGGUGGCUCUCUAGAACCAGCAGGGAACGCCCCCCUCCCACCUUCCCCCAUCCCCUCAAGAGGCCCAAACCCAACCUAUGGUUUUCCCUCUGAGCCCCAACUCCUGAGAUGUUUGAGGUUCCGUUAAGGUGAGGUCCCCCUUUCAGCACCCGCAGAGUCUAAUUCCGCAGCUCGAGGGCGUGGUGGGCAGCAGAUGGGAAGCUGGGGAGGGAGCACUGACAUUUAUUGGGGACCUUUUCUGUGCCAGCCACGAUUCAUAUGUUGUCUCGAUUCUCACACCAGCCCUGUGACGAAGGGUUAUGAUUUCCAGUUUCCAGCCAGGAGUGGGGGCGGGGACACGGUGCCAGGGCCCUGGGUGGGGAGGCCAAGAUCUGUCCGUCUCCCCUGUCCCUGCCCGGGAAGAAGCAUGCACUUCAUGCCCGGCCCGGCAGCAGCAGGAAGGGAAGUGGGCUGUCGGGAACGUGCUGGAAACGUCCCUCGGAAUAGAUAGGAUACUAACAGCUUCUCUGUGAGGUGGGCAGAGCCGGACAAAUGUCCCCGGAGCAGAGAGGAAGCUCAGAGGCCUUGCUGGAGGGGCGCGCUAGAGAGGCCACGCGAGGUGAGUACCA